UUUUGAUAACAAUGAAAUAACUACACAAAAUGUUGACUAUUGUGAAGGCGAUAUGAAUACCAUGCCUUUACAUUCCUCAGCCAUGUAUGAUAUUGUGGAACUAGGCUUAUCGCCUACUCGUUCAUUAGAAGAUGACAUCAUGAACAAUCAAAGUAAAAUAAUACAGGAAUUUUACAGAGACAUAGAUUCUGAAUAUAAUUCUGCCAUUACAUCUACUAGUUCAAGCAUUAUAAAUGGAGAGGAUGAUAUAAUGCCGCCUAUGCAUCUCAUUUUACAUCGCGGCAAUGUUUUUGUAGAAAUGAUUGAAGCAUUUAAAAGUAUUGAUAAACAAAAAUGUUCAAACUUAAUGGUUGAACUUAUUCUUCCAAAUGGUGAGUCUGAAAAAGGCUUAGAUGCAGGUGGUGUUUUUCGGGAUACAAUUUCUGAAUUUUGGAUUACUAUGUAUGAAACAUGCACAGUUGGUACAAAUGUCAAAAUUCCUUGUAUAAGACAUGACUUUAAAGAGGAAGAGUGGAAGUCAAUGGCUAAAAUAUUGUACGUUGGUUGGGUCAACUCUAAGUACUUACCUAUUAAACUAGCUAUGCCUAUCAUUGAACAAAUGCUAUAUGGUCAUGUAACUUCAAAAUUGAUUCCUACAUUUUUGCUAUCUCUUGGUGAAAGUGAUAACCAAAUACUGAACUCCGCGCUGAAAGAUGUAGACAAGGAUGACUUGUUGGAGGCAUUUAGUACUCUUGAAUGCAGAAUAGUGCCCAAUGAAUACAAUAUUGUUGAACUUUUGGAAGAAAUUUCCCAUAAAGAGUUGAUACAAAAACCUCAUUUCAUAAUUGAACAAUUCCGUAAAGAACUUAAGGAAGUUAGGAUGAACACACUUAUAAGUGAAAAUGAUUUACUUGCAUUAUAUAAAUCAAUGGAGCCAACCGCAAAAAAUAUCCUUAAUAUUUUAUCAUGCCACGAAACCAGUAAUGAUGAAAUCAAGACGUUUGGAUUUCUCAAAAAGUUUAUCAAAGAAACAACAAAUGAGAUUCGCCUUAAGUUUUUAAGGUUUUCAACUGGAGCUGACGUUAUUACACACAAUUAUAUUAAAGUAGAAUUCACAAACGUUGUUGGCUUGGCUCGUGCUCCUGUAGCUCAUACUUGUUCUGGGGUUUUAGAGCUUCCUUCCAAGUAUGAAUACUUUGCGGAUUUUAGGAAAGAGCUAAACUCCAUACUGGCAUCUAAUAUUUGGGUGAUGGAUAUCCUGUAGGUUUUUAUUUAAGUCAUUUGCUAUUUUUA